AUGGCCUCAGUGGACCAAGUCCAGCAGCAGCAGAACAAUCCUGCUUGCCAACCAUAUACCCCCACCGAGAGUGUACAGCACUCUCAACCCAAUCCAAGCGAGUCGGGCCUGCCAUAUGUUGCCGCAAGCUCGGUGCCUUUUACUGAUCUGACGAGCCCCAAUCUUGACGAGUAUCGAAAACCCAAACCGCCUGCGGACACUUCAAAACGGCAACGAUUCGGUCAGAAGAGCACCCCACAGCCCCAGGGGACGGGCUCGAAUCAAUUCAUCCCUCCUCCUCCUGCUGCUGCUGCUUCUUCUCAUUCUUCUCAACCCACUUAUUUACAACCACCGUAUGUACCACAUGAGCAGAGCCAGCAACAGCAACACCCACUACCGAUACCGCAAAUGCGGUUCCAUUAUUCUGGAAUGAUGGCAGCUCCACCACAGGAUACGAUCUUCAUCCCACACACCGUGGGACAAAUGGGGUCUCACGUGUUUCCCAUUGCAAACGGUCAGUGUCAAAUCCGGAUGAUCUCGUAUUUGGAAGUGUUGGUGCCCAUGGCACCGUAUCCAGCCCAACCACAUCAACCACCACGACCACAUCAGUGA